AUGGCUAGAGCACUGGUCCUGCUUGUGCUAGCCAUAGUGGCAUCCUGUGCCUUGGUACAGACCACAACCGCAGAGACCACCCAUGUGGUCGGAGACAGCUUGGGCUGGGUGGUUCCCCUUGGAGGCCCCAUUGUCUAUGCCACUUGGGCUGUCUCCCACACCUUCUUAGUUGGUGAUAUCUUAUUGUUCAAUUUCACAACUGGACAAGAAGAUGUAGCUAGAGUGACAAAGGAAGCAUUUCUAACCUGCAAUACAACCGAUCCAAUCAGCCUCAGAGCCACUGGUCCAGCCAAUUUUACGUUGGAUUCACUGGAGGAGUACUAUUUCAUUGGCACUUUGGACAAGCACUGCAUCUUGGGACAGAGAUUGGCCAUCAAUGUCACUGCAUAUCCCGGCCCGGCUCCUGCCCCAGCUCCGCCUCCAGCUCCGAGAGGGCCGAGGGAUUACACCGUCGGCGACAAACUCGGUUGGCUCAUCCCUCCAGGGGGUCCUCUCGAUCUCUACUAUGAAUCAUGGGCUUAUAACAAAACUUUCUUUGUUGGUGACACCUUAGUUUUCAACUUCUUCAAUGGAUCCGACGACGUUGCUGUGGUGACAAAACAAGUGUUCGAUUCCUGCAACAUCACUUCAACCCUCGCAGUUUUCAACUCAACUCCGGCGAACAUCGCCCUGAAUGUCACCGGCGACCAUUACUACACCUCCACCUACGCCAAACACUGCAUAUUAGGACAAAAAUUAGCAAUCAACGUAACUGGACACGCCACUUCCGGCUCCGCCCCUUCUCCUUCGUCCACUGCACACCCACCCUCCAUUGCAGUCCCUCCUUCUUCCCCGCCCGGCAGAGCUCUGGCUCCUUCUCCGAACACCUCCGCCCCUUCUCCACCGGCCAUUGCCCAUCCACCCUCCAUUGCGGUCUCUCCUUCUUCCCCGCCCGGCAGAGCUCCGGCUCCUUCUCCGAACACCUCCGCCGCACCGAUAACUGCUACCGGGCGCCCCUAUUUUGGUGCUUUCGUGAUCUACGUCAUGGCCUCGGCAGUCUAUUUCUGA